AUGAGCGCCCAGGCAUACUACGAGCUCUAUCGCGGGAGCAGCCUCGGACUCUCCCUGACCGAUACCCUCGAUGACCUGAUCAACGAAGGACGGAUCGAGCCUCAGCUCGCCAUGAAGAUCCUCUCAACUUUCGAUCGCGUGAUCACAGAAGUGCUGGCGGACAAAGUGCGCGCUCGUCUGACCUUCAAGGGACACCUCGAUACCUACCGAUUCUGCGAUGAAGUGUGGACAUUCCUGAUCAAGGAUGUUACGUUUAAGCUGGACAACCAGACUACGGUCUCCGCGGAUAAGGUGAAGAUUGUGAGCUGCAAUAGCAAGAGGCCUGGUGAAGCGUAA